AUGGACUCUGGGCAGCAGCCCCGGAGCUGGACCCAGGAGGUAAAUUGCUCCAUUUGCCUUGAUUUCUUCGCCGAUCCGGUUUCACUGGAGUGUGGACACAACUUGUGCCGCUCCUGUAUCACACGGUGUUGCGCACAGGCGGAGAGGGAUUCCUGUCCGGAAUGUAGAGAGGAGUUUCCGGACAGAAAACUCACGGUCAACAGGAAUUUAGCGAGAUUGGCGGAGAAGGCUCGAAAAUUAAAGGUGAAUCCGGGAGGGAAUGGAAAUAAACUUCACUGUGAGGAACAUGAGGAAGAAUUGAAACUGUUCUGUGAAACUGACAAGAAACUGAUCUGUUUGAUUUGUAGAGAUUCGCGGGAACACAAAUCUCACAAUUUCAUGCCGAUUAAAGAAGCUGUUGAAAUCUACAAGGAUCAGCUGAAAUCAUCUUUACAAUCUCUCACAGAGAAGAAAUCGAUGUUUCUGGAAACGGAACUGAAACAGACAUGGAAGAUUUCCGAAAAGAUAAUGUGUCAAAAGAGGAGGACUAGUGAGAACUAUGACAAACAGCCAUUAGCAGAGGGCAAGCUGUCAAUCGGAAAGUUCAACAGCCCAUUACAGUACAUGGCAUGGAGAGAAAUGAUUGACGCAAUUAGCCCUGCUCCAGCCUCUUUAACUCUUGAUCCGGAAACAGCCAAUCCCUGGCUCAUGGUGUCUGAGGACCGGACCAGCGUGAGACUCAGGGACAAACCGCAGGAGCUCCCUGACACCCCGGAGAGGUUUGACUGUUGUGUCUCCGCCUUGGGAUCGGAGGGAUUCACAUCAGAGAGACACUAUUGGGAGGUGGAGGUGCAGAACAAGACAUGCUGGAGUCUGGAACUUGCCCGACAGUCUGCCAACAGGAAGGGGCAAAUCGACCCAAGGCCUCAGGCAGGCUACUGGACUGUUUGCCUGCUGCCUGGAAGAGGCUAUGUUGCCGGCAGCUCCCACUCCGACACCCCGCUCGCCCCGGGUAUAGGUCCCCAGAAGAUCGGGGUGUUCCUGGACUAUGAGGCCAGGCAGGUGUCAUUUUACAAUGCGGACAGCAUGUCCCAUCCCCACACUUACAACCACACUUUCACUGAGACACUCUUAGCAUUUUUCUUUCCGGGACCAAAUGAUGGUGGGAAAAACAGAACACCUCUGAGCAUCUGCGGAUUCAAAGGCCACUAA